GGCUGUCUGACCCGGCGGCCCGCAGUCGGCCGGGGCCGCCGGGAGUUGUAGUUCCCACUUGGUGCGGGCGGGGGCUGCGGGAGACGCAGCAGUUUGCGCUCUGCCCACGCGUUCGGGCACUAGGGCCACCGCUCUUGUGGGCAGAAGGCCGCGUCCAUUCCAGGAAGAGGAUCUUCUCCGGAAAUCUGAUCAAGGAUGACACUGGUGAGAACCCUAUGAGGGAGUGAAGCAGCCUGGACUCUUACCACAAGAGGGAGGUUAUAAGAGCAAUGCAGAGGUUGGAGUGGGCAGCAGUUGGGGCAGGAGGAAGCCAGCUGCUGCCUGGUCUGCAAAGAAGUCCUUUCAAGUCUCUAGGACUGGACUCUUCCUAAGCAAGUCCGGUAUGUAGAGAAGGAAGCACCCUCACUAUGUGGCUCUACCUGGCGGCCUUCGUGGGCCUGUACUACCUUUUGCACUGGUACCGGGAGAGGCAGGUGGUGAGCCACCUCCAAGACAAGUAUGUCUUUAUCACGGGCUGUGACUCGGGCUUUGGGAACCUGCUGGCCAGACAGCUGGAUGCACGAGGCUUGAGAGUGCUGGCUGCGUGUCUGACAGAGAAGGGGGCCGAGCAGCUGAGGGGCCAGACGUCUGACAGGCUGGAGACGGUGACCCUGGAUGUUACCAAGAUGGAGAGCAUCGCUGCAGCUACUCAGUGGGUGAAGGAGCAUGUGGGGGACAGAGGACUCUGGGGACUGGUGAACAAUGCAGGCAUUCUUACACCAAUUACCUUAUGUGAGUGGCUGAACACUGAGGACUCUAUGAAUAUGCUCAAAGUGAACCUCAUUGGUGUGAUCCAGGUGACCCUGAGCGUGCUUCCUUUGGUGAGGAGAGCACGGGGAAGAAUUGUCAAUGUCUCCAGCAUUCUGGGAAGAGUUGCUUUCUUUGUAGGAGGCUACUGUGUCUCCAAGUAUGGAGUGGAAGCCUUUUCAGAUAUUCUGAGGCGUGAGAUUCAACAUUUUGGGGUGAAAAUCAGCAUAGUUGAACCUGGCUACUUCAGAACGGGAAUGACAAACAUGACACAGUCCUUAGAGCGAAUGAAGCAAAGUUGGAAAGAAGCCCCCAAGCAUAUUAAGGAGACCUAUGGACAGCAGUAUUUUGAUGCCCUUUACAAUAUCAUGAAGGAAGGGCUGUUGAAUUGUAGCACAAACCUGAACCUAGUCACUGACUGCAUGGAACAUGCUCUGACAUCGGUGCAUCCGCGAACUCGAUAUUCAGCUGGCUGGGAUGCUAAAUUUUUCUUCAUCCCUCUAUCUUAUUUACCUACAUCACUGGCAGACUACAUUUUGACUAGAUCUUGGCCCAAACCAGCCCAGGCAGUCUAAAGAAAACUGGGUUGGUGCUUCUUGGAAUGAAGGCAAAAAUCUGAAAUUGUUAGUGUCUCAGUAAUCCUGAUUUAGAACCCAGGCUUUUUGUAACAAUGUGUUUUCUUGCCUAAAUUCAUUUAUCUGGCAUCAUCAGAGUACUAACAUGUUUAUAUUUCAGAUAUCCAAAGCUUACCCACUUUAGGUGAUGAAUCUUUACUAUUUUAGCCCUUUUUUGAUGAGACUAUUUGUCUAAAGUGAAUCAUUUGUUCUUGCCUUAUUAAACAGAGUAGAUGGAAAACAAUGUAACCUAUUUUGAAGUCAUUUCUUUAUGAAUAUGAAUAAUUGUUCUAUGCUUUAAUAAUCCAUUGUGAAGAAACUACUAAGAAAUAUGUUGGUGUGUUUGUCCUUACUUGAAAUGGGUCUGUAUUAUGGUACUUUUAAUAAAUAUUUGAUUUUUCUUUCUCUUC